GUCGAAAGCACUUUCAAAACUAACCCAGAGGACGCCCGUUCGACUCGUGUGCUUUACUCCAAACCAUCUCACUAAGCUAGCUUUCAUCUUCAUAACCAUACUGUGAAUUGUGUAGAGAGCCUCGUUUUUUUUUUGCGUUGAUUCCCCUCAAUGGGAAUAAUGUCUUCCCGUUCGUGGCCGAAGUUUAGAAAAAUGGUGGAGGAAGCUCCAACCCAACCUUCGCGUAACGAAGAAGUUCAAAAGACCUCAGAGUUACCGAGCUCAUCACUCAUGAAGAAAGUUAAAGCCAAGAUUCGUGCUGGACCGAAGAAUUCCGAUCUGCCAGCUUCUCCUAGUGAAACCACUCGCCCGGAGAGAAUGGAGCCAGAAUUACCGCCGCGCGCACGAAGAACAGUCGACCGAUUUUGUCAAGCUCACGGAUUCUCAAACCCGUUGCAGGUUGAUCCGAACGUCCCAGGAAAAAAACACAGCGGUUAUCCGAAGAAGAAUUCAGGUGAGACCGAUGGAUUGGGCGCAGCGCAGCUAUAACUUCCUCGGAAAGAAAAUAUUUCAAAUGGCCAUUGCAAGAAGUUGGCUUACGCUUGCAAACUUACAUGAAGUGAAGAAGUUUGAAGGCUAACGCGUCGCGGUUACAAGAUGUUUUGUCUCGCUAUUUCUUAUUCGGGGAUCCCAAAUCAACCCCUCAUUCUCCUAAGAAUUCUCAGAAGGACUUUCACGGCAAUAGCACGACUUAGUAACGGACGAACCAAAGCACACGGAACUGUUACGCUGAGGAUCCUAUGAAUCUUGAUACACUUUUCCUCCCAUAUUUCUGUCUUUUCCAUUUCCAUUGGAGAGCUUUAGCUCUAAAAUACACAGCACUAUCGGCUUGUUGAACACACGAUUCAUGUAGAGCUUGCGUGAAAUCAGAUAAACACCUCUUGUUCAGAACCCACCCUAACCCUCAUUGAUUUCCCCAAUUUACAUAUUAGCUAGUUUUCAACACUUUUUUGUGACAAAAAAAAAUCAAUGUGAAUUUGUGUUGGUAUUAAGAGAGAAGUCUGAAUGCGAAAAAAAGUGUAAAACGUAUUUACAAACAUCCUAU